GUGAUGGUAUGGGUUGCCAAGAAUCCACCUUAGAAUUACCUUUACAAAUUGUUGGCGACGAAAAGUGUUCAGUCGAGACCGAGCUCAUCCGCGAGUUAGUUGCUUUUUCUCAAACAAACAGUCAAAAUGGCCGAUGUACCAAAACGUGAACAAGAAAAUAUCGAAUUCGUAUUCGAAGUUAUGGGUAGUGCCGAUGGUAUCGAUGCCUACGACUUGGGUGAUGCCCUUCGUGCCCUCAACUUGAACCCCACCUUGGCUUUGAUUGAAAAGAUGGGCGGUACCAAGCAACGCAAAUUGAAAAUGAUCAAGUUCGAUGAAUUCCUCCCCAUCUACUCUCAAGUCAAGAAGGAAAAGGAGCAAGGCUGCUACGAAGAUUUCAUUGAAUGUUUGAAAUUGUACGACAAACAAGAAAACGGCACCAUGCUCUUGGCUGAAUUGCAACAUGCCCUCCUUUCUUUGGGUGAAAACUUGGAAGAUGAACAAGUCGAGACCCUCUUCGCUGACUGUUUGGACCCUGAAGAUGAUGAUGGCAUGAUCCCAUACUCCCAAUUCGUCCAAAGAUUGAUGAGCGAUCCCGUUGUCUUCGACUAAACGCAUUUCUUGCCAGAAUGUGCGAUAGACCCGAUAUGCUAUAAAUUUUUAUUGACCAUCUGUUAAAAAUCUGUAGCUACCACCAUUCUCCAAUAGAUGUUAUUCGAAACAAA